CACCUCCUGUACACAUCAUACAAAUAUUUUCUGUAAUUUCUCUUUGCGCUUUUUUCAUUUCACUUUCUCUCUGUUCAGUCUCUGGCAACAACAACAACACCAUCAGCUUCAACAAAAACACUUCCAUCAGAAGUACUGAAAAAAAAAAAAGAAAGUGAUCAUUUAGAUAGUGGAGAGGGAGAGGGAGUGAUUGAGUGAUUCAGAUCAGAUUCAAGAUUAUGGAACUUACUUCAAUGGUAUUCUAAAGUUUGAUCUGAGUUAAACAACCUAAACAAGAAGAAAUGGAGUCAGAUCUUCAACAGCACCACCACCAUCGCCAUGAUCACCAGCGACAGCUGAACUCGAGCUUGACACGUUACCAAUCAGCUCCAAGCACAUACUUCUCAAGUUUCUUAGAGAGAGAUUUGGACAGAGAAUUCUGUGAAGACUUCUUGAAGAGCUCAAGCCCUGAAACCGAACGAAUUUUCGCAAAAAUUUUGACAAAUUCAUCAGAACAAAGUCCGGGAAUCACCCAGCAACAGUUGCCAGUGACGGAGAAGAUAGUGGAGCCUCCACAGCCGAGACAGAGUAGUCUUCUUCCAUUAAAUAAUCAACAGACUAGUCUUCAUCCAUUAAAUAAUCAACAGAGAAAUUUUUCCUCUGUUUCUCAGAGUUUUUAUCCGAGCCAGCCUCAACAGAACGUGCAGAAUCAGAAUUCUUCAGGCUCUGAAAUGGGCUAUAGAGCGAUGAAUUCAGUUGGGGUGGAUCGUUUUCCGCCGCCGAUGAAGCCGAGUGGCAGUGGAAAUAGUUCAAAUCUCAUCCGCCAUAGCAGCUCUCCUGCAGGGCUUUUCAACACUAUUAAAAUCGAAAAAGGCUAUGUUGUGAUGCAAGGCAUGGGAGACUAUGGCGGCGGAAAUAGCGCAAAUAGAGAAGCAUCAUUUUCUUCUGCAGGCAGGCCACCGGUUGCUUCCGGGCCAAUGAGUCCAAUAGCUGAAAUGGGAAAUUCAGGCAACAAUGAGAGUUUCGAUCAGAGGCCUGGCAACACUUACUCAACCGGUUUCGGCAUCGAUUCCUGGGACGAAUCUUCGAUGAUUUCAGAAAAUCUCAGUGGAGUGAAGAGACUUAGAGAUGAAGACAGGACUCUUUCUGGAUUUAGUGAAGCUGACACUGAGAAUUUGGACACCGGAAAUCGCCCUCCUCCACUUCUGGCUCAUCACUUGAGUUUACCAAAAGAUCUGACAUCAAUCGAGAAGCUUUUACAGAUCCAGGAUUCUGUGCCGUGCAAGAUUCGAGCCAAGCGGGGUUGUGCAACUCAUCCCAGAAGCAUUGCUGAGAGGGUUAGAAGAACCAAAAUAAGCGAACGCAUGAGGAAACUUCAAGAUCUUGUACCCAACAUGGACAAGCAAACAAACACAGCAGACAUGCUAGACUUGGCUGUAGAUUACGUGAAAGAGCUUCAAUCUCAAGUGAAGGCACUUUCUGACAAACGUGCAAGGUGUACGUGUUUGAGCAAGCCGCAGCAGCCAUAAAACAAAAGAAAUGUCAAAAGAGGAUGAAAAGGCAAAGAUGCAGAGGUUCUUCUCUUCACCGAAAAUGAAGAAGAUAUUAUUUUAUGUAGGUGUGAAGAGAUAAAAAGAAAGGCUGCUAACUAGAAGCAGUAAUUUGUAUAGUAAUUUGCAUAUCUAAGUAGAGUUUAUAGAUGGAUUAUUUUAUCGAUUUAUCAGAACCAGCGCCAGAAACCAGAACCCAGAAUUGUUAAGAGUGUUGAAUAAAAAUCUAUCGAUUUAACAAUUCCAUUUUAGUACUAAACAUGUGUUUAAUUCCUGAGUUGUAAGUUCAA